AUGGCCCAGCGCCCGGAGCCGCGUCCCGCCGCGCCGCUGGAGCGGGAGCUGAUGGCGCUCGGGUGGUACCACGACAAUCUCAGCCGACACGCAGCAGAAGCGCUGCUGCUCUCCAACGGGAAGGAUGGCAGCUACCUUUUGAGGAAGAGUAAUGAAAGGGAAGGUUUGUACUCCCUCUCUGUAAGGGGGAAAGAUUCUGUGAAACACUUCCAUGUUGAACAUACAGGAACUUCAUUAAAAUUUGGAUUUAAUGAAUUUUAUAGCUUGAAGGAAUUGGUCAUGCAUUUUGCAAACCAGCCUUUAAUUGGAAGUGAAACAGGAACUUUAAUUGUAUUGAAGCAUCCCUACCCACGGCAAGUGGAAGAACCUUCCAUUUAUGAGUCUGUACGAGUUCACACUGCAAUGCAGACAGGAAGGACAGAAAGUGACCUUGUCCCAAAUGCUCCCUCACUUGGUACCAAGGAAGGAUAUUUGAUAAAACAAGGCAAAAUAGUCAAGAACUGGAAAACAAGGUGGUUUACACUGCAUAGGAAUGAACUUAAGUACUUCAAAGACCAGACAGCUACGGAACCAAUUCGAGCACUUGACUUGACCGAAUGCUCAGCCGUGCAAUUUGACUAUUCCCAGGAAAGAGUCAAUUGUUUCUGUUUAGUGUUCCCACUAAGGACAUACUACCUGUGUGCGAAAACUGGGAUAGAAGCUGACGAGUGGAUAAAAAUCCUGCGGUGGAAACUGGUAAGGUGAUGUAUGCUGUCACAUGGCACCCUGGUACUGCCAUCACAACCCCCCAGGACCAGAGCAGC